UCUCGCUCCAUCCUCACGUCGGGUUACCUUUUGUUAGAGUCCUUUUUGUUAUCGAGAUAGACUCUCUUUUAGGUACCCAUCAUGAAGACUACAUGGAAAGAUAUCCCUCCUGUGCCUUCAAGCCAGGAGUUCCUCGAUAUUGUCCUGAGUCGCACCCAGCGACAGCUUCCUACCCAGAUUCGUGCUGGGUUUAAGAUCAGCCGUAUUCGAGGCUUUUAUACCCGCAAAGUUAAGUACACGCAAGAGACUUUCUGUGAGAAAUUUCAGGCGAUUCUCGAUGGAUUUCCUCGACUGCAGGAUAUUCAUCCUUUCCAUAAGGAUUUGAUGAACACCCUGUACGAUGCCGACCACUUCAGAAUCGCCUUGGGUCAGGUCUCGACGGCUAAGCAUCUGAUUGAAACCGUGUCUCGCGACUAUGUCCGUCUGAUUAAAUAUGCGCAAUCUCUGUUCCAGUGCAAACAGCUCAAGCGCGCUGCCCUGGGUCGCAUGGCUACCAUCUGUCGACGUCUCAAAGACCCUCUCGUUUAUCUCGAACAAGUCAGACAGCAUUUGGGCCGUCUUCCGUCCAUCGAUCCCAAUACCCGAACCCUUCUCAUCUGUGGGUACCCCAACGUCGGAAAGUCCAGCUUUUUGCGCAGCAUCACCCGGGCCGACGUUGAUGUUCAGCCUUAUGCAUUCACCACCAAGAGUUUGUUCGUUGGUCACUUCGACUACAAGUACCUGCGAUUCCAGGCCAUCGAUACUCCCGGUAUUCUGGAUCACCCUCUGGAGGAGAUGAACACGAUUGAAAUGCAAUCCAUUACCGCCAUCGCACAUUUGCGGUCCGCUGUGAUGUAUUUCAUGGAUUUGUCCGAACAGUGCGGAUACUCCGUUUCCGACCAGAUCAAGCUGUUCCACAGCAUUCGGCCCUUGUUUGCGAACAAGAUUGUCUUUGUUGUUGUGAACAAAAUCGAUGUCCGCCGCCCCGAAGACCUUGAACCCGAACUGCAGGAGGAGCUCCAAAAGAUGCUCAAGACCGACGAUGUGGAGCUGUUGCAGCUAUCCUGCACCACCACGGAGGGCGUGACUGCCGUGAAGAACGCUGCUUGUGACAAGCUCCUAGCAGAGAGAGUGGCACAAAAGCUCAAAUCUGGAACCAGCAGCUCCGGCACGCCUGGGGGUCGAUUGGGAGACGUUCUUGCUCGCAUUCACGUUGCCCAACCCAUGGGCGGUGCGCAGCUUGAGACUUUCAUCCCGGAUGCCAUCAAGGAACUCAGGAAGUACGACAAGAACGAUCCAACCCGGAAGAAGCUGGAGCGGGAUAUCGAAGAGGAGAACGGUGGUGCUGGUGUCUACAACAUCGAUCUCAAGAAGACGUAUACUCUUGCAGACGACGAAUGGAAGCACGACAAGAUCCCCGAAGUGUGGAACGGCAAGAAUAUUUACGACUAUGUGGAUGCGGAUAUCGAAGAGAAGCUUGCGGCUCUGGAGGAAGAGGAAGAGAAACUGGAGGCAGAUGGCUAUUACGAUUCCGACGAGAGUGUGGAGGAUGCAGAGGAUGCAGAUAUCCGCAUGAAGGCAGACCUGAUCCGCGAGAAGCGUACCUUGAUGCGCAACGAGGCGAAGCUGCGCAAGUCGCUCAAGAACCGUGCGGCCAUCCCCCGCAGCGCCAAGUCCAAGAAGCUCUCCCAUAUGGAGCAUGCUUUGGACGCCGCUGGCUACGAUCCCGAGGCUGCCGUCUCGCGGGCCCGAUCCCAGAGUCAAGUCCGCGGACGCACCAGCACCCGCAGCGAAGUCGACACUGGCGAUGCUAUGGAGAUCGACGGUUCCGAUCCUCGCCUGGCUAUUGCCAAGGCCAAGAGCCGUGCUCGCAGCCAGGCGGCCACCAACCGUCUGGUGGACGGUGUGACCGACUCCACCGCGCGCUCCAAGGCCGAGCGUCUGGCCAAGCUGGGUCAGAAGAAGAUGAACCGGAUGGCCCGACAGGGAGAAGCCGAUCGACACACAACCGCUUCUCUUCCCAAGCAUUUGUUCACGGGCAAACGCACCAUUGGCAAAACCCAACGCCGUUAAAACGGCUCUUUUCCUGUGUCCAUCAAUCCGAAGUUUUUUUUUUUUUUUUUUUUUCUUUCUUUUUUUUCUUCCUAAUAUACUCCGUCUCGAGUCACGGUACAUACUGG